CCACCAACCUCACUCCCCGUACUGUAAUCGUCGUCGCCUCGCGUACCUCUCGUCGUUAGUGCACUAUAGUCCGCGCGCCUCGCACGACGCAUUGGGACCGCACUCUACAGACUUAAGAGAAGGCUCUAAGAGCUCUUAGCUCUAAAAUUAUUACAUUAAACGGUCGCCAUGAGGCUAGAGUUUCGGAAUCCUCGUGUUACGUUUCUCCUCGUCGUCGUCGUGGCCUGCCUUCUUCUGCUUCUACCGAACCGCGCCUACUCUCUCCCCCGCCACGGCGGCCGCCCAAACUUCAACGACUGGGUCAAGUCGUACCGCCCAGAAGCAGCCUCGCAUCAAUUCGACCCCAUCCGCAUCCGCGCUCCCAGGCAAAUACCAGAGGAGUACCGUGACGUGCACAUUCCGUCAGAGGAGGAGCUCCAGAUGCUGGCUCAGUUCGGCCAUGCUCAUCAUGCCUCCUACUACUUCAACACCAAGCCUGCUGCUGCCAUGGCUGCUGCUGCUGAAGCCGCAGCAGGGGUUGGGGUUGGGGACCAGAAGCCCUAGGUGGAUUUUAUUGGCUCUGCCUAUUUGAUAGGUCUUGCGUAUUCAGGUCAUGUCCUUCACAUUUUCUUUGCUGCAUGCCCCUUCCACUUUUUUACACUCUGAGGUUUCAAAAGAAUGCAUAUGGGCAUAUACGUGUAUGCUGUGCGUGAAGAAACCG